AUGCUUACUUUUCCGUCAGUUGAAGAAGUUUAUAAAUGGAAACAAACUGAUGUCCUAACGUAUUUGCAGUCUAAAAGAGAUGAAUUGGACCUUGACGACGACGACAUUGACGUCAUCGAAGAAAAAGAGGUUGCUGGUCGUGACUUCCUUGAGUUGAAUGAGAAAAAGCUUAUGAAAUAUGGUUUAUUUAGAGGUUCGGCAGUAAAAAUUGAGGUAUUGGUUAGAGAUAUUAAGCAGGGUAAACGAAAGAAAGAAUCAAAUAAUUUUAUGAGACAUUUCGAUCGUUUUGAUGAUACCAUAGAAAAACUUUAUCAUAAAUUAGAUGGAGUUGAAAUAGCAUGGUUUAGUGCUCCAGGUACUGAUACAGGAAUCGGAAAGGGUAAAUUUGUAAGAUCACAUGGUACUUGUAUUGAUUUCCCAUUUAAACUGACCAUGACUACCCAAAGAGGAGAAACUGGAAAGUUUAGAGAUCCGCCUGGCCCUGACCUCCUAAAAACAUUUCAAGAAUAUUUUAUUAAUGAAUGCAAAUCAUUACAAUCUAAGGAUUCAAAACUUGUGAUUGAAAAAGUACAUUCUAUUCCACUACUGGAUACUCGAAAACCAGACUUCAUUUUCAUCACAAAAGAGUAUCCUCUAGAUGCAUUAAAUGUUGUAGCCGUUGGAGAAAUAAGGAAACGAUUUAAUGAACAAUUUAGUGAUGACGAUGUAGGACACGCAGUGUCAUUUGGUGAAAAGGUCCUCCAACUUCAACCUCAGCGAACCUAUGUAUACGUGAUAUUAACAGAUUGUAGACUUAUUUGCAUUUAUAAAGUGACCAGGUGUAACUGUAAUUUUAACUUUUUCCGAUUUUCGUAUGAAUACGUAUUACCCGCAAAUUUAAAUUAUGAAUCCAGGAAUCAUCCUCCAGAUGGUUGGAGAUAUCUAGUGACAAUUAUGGAAUGCGAUCAGGAAAAACUUGGAUGGGUUGAUCCAUCAUUGAAAUUUAACUUUGAUACUGUAAAGUUAGUUCGAUCCAUCAAUACAGGCAGAACUAGUAUUGUAUAUGAAGGGAAACUUAAUGACAUGGAUCCUGUAGUGGUAAAAUUGGCGAAAGAAGUUGAUUAUUUGUCUUGUUUUGAAAGGGAAAAAAAUGUGCUGAAGAAUCUUGAUAAUUUACUUCAUAUUCCAAAACUCCUCCUAUGUAAUGAGAACUCCCUUGUCACUGUUCCCCUUGGUACGAAAGUCAAAAAUAUACAAAAGGAAGAUAUCAGAAAUAUCAUUGAAACUCUAAGAACAGUACAUUCACGAGGCAUCGUACAUAUGGAUCUUCGGGCAGAUAAUUUGAUUCGUGAUAAUGACGAAAAAAUCGUGAUUAUUGAUUGGGGAUAUAGCGUAAGAAAAAAUGAAAUUGGGGAAUUUGCUGGAGCACUAAGGUGCAUGCCCGAUAAUAUCUUAGAAUCAUUAGUCUACGGGAAACAAAUUAAAUAUUUACCAAGUAUUGACUUGAUAUGUUUUGUAAGGUCACUUUACUUAAUGCUUCACAGACCAGUAAUGAGAGUUGAUGGGAUUCAUGGCUUCAGGUCAAAAGCACAAUAUGUAUUGGCCUUUUGGUCUUCUAAUGGCAAAUCAUAUUUAUGGCAAAAAAUCCAUCAAGAAGCAAAAAAUUUGAAUUACGAGAAUUUAAUCAAAGAGCUUGAAGAAUUAUUUUAA